AUGUCUACGGUUACUUUUCAAGGUGGUCCAAACUCAGGGCUCCAAGUGGGGAUUAAUCAUGGUUCAAUUUAUCAUUCCCCAGAGCGACCGGACACCCCACCAGCCCCUCUUUCAACCAUUCCAUUUCGUCGCGACCUAGACUUUGUUAAUCGUGGGACGCUACUUGAUCAGUUAGAAGGGAGAGGCCUAUUACCUGGAUCUCGCAUCGCACUGGUCGGUCUAGGUGGCGUUGGAAAAUCGCAACUUGCUAUUGAGCACUGUCAUCGAGUUCGAGAUAGAUCUACCGAGACGUGGAUCUUCUGGAUCUACGCGAGUAAUAAAAGUCGAUUCGAGCAGAGCUGCCGAGAGAUUGCCGACCGAGCCAAGAUCCCUGGCCGGCAGGAUCCCAAGGCGAACAUCUUCAAACUCCUUCAUGAUUGGCUACAGGAUGAGAAGCAUAUAUGGAUUCUCGUCUUUGAUAAUCUUGAUGAUGACCAAUUCCUUCAUGAAAUCCCACUAAUUACGUCAGAUGAUCAAAGUAAGCUAGAUCGGUCGAUCUGGGCAUACUUUUCCCAGCUAUCUAGAGGCUCUAUCGUGAUCACAAGUCGGAGUAGGCGCGUGGCCUUACAAAUAGUGGAAGAGGAGGAAAUUAUCUUAGUCGAGCCAAUGGACGAAUCUCAAGCGUUAGCACUUUUUGAGAAAAAGUUUGGCACCCUAACACAAAAGGAUGAUAUCAUUCAACUGAUUGCAGCACUUGAGUUUAUGCCACUUGCGAUUGUGCAAGCAGCGGCCUAUAUAAGGCGAAGAGCGCCACGACAGUCAGUCCGACAGUAUCUCGACAAAUUCCAGGAGAGUGACCACCAGAAGACCUCUCUCCUUGAUCAUGAGGGGGGUCACCUUCGCCGAGACCCAGAGGCUAAGAACUCGAUCCUUAUCACAUGGCAGAUCUCCUUUGAUUAUAUUCAAAGAAUCAGGCCUACCUCAGCCGAUUUAUUAUCUCUGAUGAGCUUUUUUGAUCGACAAAGAAUUCCUGACUAUUUACUCCGAGACGAUGAGCAGGAGGAUAGGAAAAGUGAGCAUAGUGAGGUCGACGCACUUGAAGAUGAUAUAUUAGUACUCAGAGAUUUCUCGAUGAUUUCCGUUAAUGUGGAUGGAAAGAAUCUUGAAAUGCACCGACUAGUCCAGCUAGCGAUGCAAGAGUGGCUUAAGUCGCACAAACUGUAUGAAAGAUGGCAUGGAGACUUCAUUCAGCGACUUUCAAGCAAUUUUCCAACAGGCGGCAUCGAGAAUUGGCCAACAUGCGAAUUAUUAUUCACUCAUGUGCUACAUGCUAUGAAGCAGAAACCUAAAACCGAAAUCCAAUUAGAAGAAUGGGCGUCCCUGCUUCAUGAAGCAGGAUGGUUUGCACUGAAAAAGGGGAAUUUCCCCGAUAGCGAGAAAAUGGCACAGAAGUCGACCGAAGUGAGGAAAGAGUUGUUUGGUCAAGAACAUCCCGACACUCUGAACAGUACGGCCAAUCUAGCAUCGACCUACCGGAACCAAGGGCGAUGGAACGAAGCUGAAAAGCUCGAGGUGCAGGUCAUGAAUACCCGCAAACAGGUGCUUGGGCCCGAACAUCCCGAUACUCUGAGCAGUAUGGCCAAUCUAGCAUUGACCUACUGGAACCAAGGGCGAUGGAACGAGGCUGAAAAGCUCAACGUGCAGGUCAUGAAUACCCAAAAACAGGUGCUUGGGCCCGAACAUCCCAAUACUCUGACCAGUAUGGCCAAUCUAGCAUUAACCUAUGGGGACCAAGGGCGAUGGAACGAAGCUGAAAAGCUCGAGGUGCAGGUCAUGAAUACCAGCAAACAGGUGCUUGGGCCCGAACAUCCCGAUACUCUGACCAGUAUGGCCAAUCUAGCAGCGACCUACCGGAAGCAAGGGCGAUGGAACGAAGCUGAAAAGCUCGAGGUGCAGGUCAUGAAUACCAGCAAACAGGUGCUUGGGCCCGAACAUCCCGAUACUCUGACCAGUAUGGCCAAUCUAGCAGCGACCUACCGGAAGCAAGGGCGAUGGAACGAAGCUGAAAAGCUCGAGGUGCAGGUCAUGAAUACCAGCAAACAGGUGCUUGGGCCCGAACAUCCCGAUACUCUGAGCAGUAUGGCCAAUCUAGCAUUGACCUACUGGAACCAAGGGCGAUGGAACGAAGCUGAAAAGCUCAACGUGCAGGUCAUGAAUACCAGCAAACAGGUGCUUGGGCCCGAACAUCCCGAUACUCUGAGCAGUAUGGCCAAUCUAGCAUUGACCUACUGGAACCAAGGGCGAUGGAACGAAGCUGAAAAGCUCAACGUGCAGGUCAUGAAUACCCGCAAACAGGUGCUUGGGCCCGAACAUCCCGAUACUCUGACCAGUAUGAACAACCAUGCGUACACCUUGGAGUCAUUAGAGGAGCACAACGCUGCUUCGCAGUUGAUGACAGAAUGUGUCCGACUACGCAGCCAAGUACUAGGCCCGGAUCACCCAGAUACCCUUUCCUCGAUAUCUAUUCUUAAUAGUUGGCGCAGAAACAGUUAUUCCUCAUCUGCUCAACCUAUUCAAGCAACUCAUGACAACGCAGAGGGCCCCAUGCAAGAGAACACCCUAGCGACCUCCGACCCAGGUUCUCAAGCUGUCCGACAUCGCAGACGAGCAAUAUUCUCUCGCCUCUUCCGCAAAAAGUAG